UGUUGGAGGUGAGAAGGGACCAGUAAGCCGCCAGUGGGCGAGCAGAAACUCCCAGUAAGAAAGGAAAAGUGGGACUGGAAGCAGUGACGUUAUCCACUGGAGGGAGGGCUGGACUCCAUUAAUCCGAAGCCUGCUGGAAAACUGUUUGGGAUACUCCACUUCUCCGGCGAGUUCUUCGGGAUUUAUUCCUAUUUUUUCCCAUAUUCAUGACUCUCUAGAUGAACUGAAGAAGGAAGAGUGGUUCUCCACCGUGUUAUUGGCUGCUUUGGUGUGUUUUAUCCGUCUUUGUGAAGGAUGGCACUGGAUGGAAUCCGGAUGCCUGAUGGCUGCUAUGCUGAUGGGACAUGGGAGCUGAAGAUGCACGUCACCGACCUCAAUAGGGACGUGUUUCUGAGAGUCACCGGGGAAAUCCACAUUGGUGGAGUUAUGCUCAAACUUGUGGAGAAGCUAGAUGUGAAGAAGGACUGGUCAGACCACGCGCUGUGGUGGGAAAAGAAGAAGACAUGGCUGCUGAAAACCCACUGGACGUUGGACAAGUAUGGCAUCCAGGCUGAUGCCAGGCUGCUCUUCACGCCGCAACACAAACUGCUGCGCCUCCAGCUGCCCAACAUCAAACACAUGAUGGUCAAAGUGAACUUCUCAGACCGGGUCUUCAAGGCCGUGUCGGACAUCUGCAAAACUUUCAAUAUCCGCCAUCCAGAGGAGCUAUCUCUACUGCGCAAACCCCGCGAUCCUAAGAAGAAAAAGAAAAAGUUGGAGGAGGCGGAAGAGGACGAUCUGGAGCUGGAAGGUCCACUAUUUACUCCUGGAUCAGCCUCUGAAAUAAUUUACAUCGGACCUGUCAAAGGGAGCAUCUACUCCAGUCCAGGCUUGUACAGUAAGACCAUGACCCCCACUUAUGACUCCAGAGACGGCAGCCCUCUGUCACCCACCUCAGCCUGGUUUGGAGACAGUCCUCUGUCUGAGGGCAACCCCAGCAUCCUUGCUGUCAGCCAGCCAAUUUCCUCCCCAGAUGUCCUGGUCAAACUUUACAAGCCUCAGUCCCUUCUGGACAAAGCCAAAAUAAAUCAGGGGUGGUUGGACUCAUCCAGGUCCCUCAUGGAGCAAGAUGUAAAAGAGAACGAAGUUCUCCUGCUGAGGUUUAAGUACCACAGUUUCUUUGACCUUAACCCUAAGUAUGAUGCCAUCCGAGUAAACCAGCUGUAUGAACAGGCCAAGUGGGCCAUCCUGCUGGAGGAAAUUGAGUGCACAGAGGAGGAAAUGAUGAUGUUUGCGGCCCUGCAGUAUCACAUCAACAAGCUUUCAAUCGUGUCUUCUGACAACCACAUGAAUAACAGCGAGAAGGAGGUGGAUGAGGUGGACGCAGCCCUGUCUGACCUGGAGAUUACUUUGGAGGGGGGGAAAACGUCCAAUUCGCUGGGUGACAUCACAUCUAUUCCUGAGCUAGCAGACUAUGUCAAAGUCUUCAAACCCAAGAAACUGACUCUGAAGGGUUACAAGCUGUACUGGUGCACGUUCAAGGACAUCACAAUUUCCUGUUACAAGAGUAAAGAGGAGGCACACGGAACACCUGCUCACCAAAUGAAUCUGAGAGGUUGCGAGGUAACGCCAGAUGUUAAUAUCUCGGGUCAGAAAUUCAACAUCAAGUUGCUAAUACCCGUGGCUGAUGGCAUGAAUGAGAUUUGGCUUCGGUGUGACACGGAGAAACAGUAUGCUCACUGGAUGGCUGCAUGCCGCUUGGCCUCCAAAGGGAAGACCAUGGCCGACAGCUCGUACAAUCUGGAGGUCCAGAACAUUCUCUCCUUCCUCAAGAUGCAGCACCUGAACCCCGACCCGCAGUUCAUUGAACCAAUCACCACUGACAUCAACCCAGAGUGUCUGGUAUCGCCACGCUACCUUAAGAAGUACAAGAACAAGCAGCCAGGCUAUGUCAGAGACUUGAUUUCCGCCAGGAUUCUUGAAGCUCACCAGAACGUUGCCCAAAUGAGUCUCAUUGAGGCCAAGAUGCGCUUCAUCCAGGCAUGGCAGUCUUUGCCAGAGUUUGGAAUCACUCAUUUCCUUGCAAAGUUCCAGGGUGGGAAGAAAGAAGAGUUGAUCGGAAUCACCUACAAUCGGUUGAUCCGAAUGGAUGCCCACACUGGAGAUGCCAUCAAGACCUGGCGCUUCAGCAACAUGAAACAGUGGAACGUCAACUGGGAGAUCAAGAUGGUGACUGUGGAAUUCGCAGACGAGCCCAGCCUGUCCUUCAUCUGUGCAGAAGUGGACUGCAAGGUGGUCCACGAGUUCAUUGGCGGUUACAUCUUCCUGUCGACACGCGCCAAGGACCAGAACGAGUCGCUAGACGAGGAAAUGUUCUAUAAGCUGACCAGCGGCUGGGUCUGAGCCAAACUGGGUUGCAUCGUUGUCAGGGAUUCUGGGCCAGGGUUCUAGGAGGGGAGAAGGGUGGGGGGUGGGAUUAUUUUAUUGUAUUCUUUUUGUCUUUGUGUUUAACUGUGCUGAAGAAGCCAGAGCAGCUUGACUGUUGCCAUGGCUGACACAUUGUUAUAGUUUAUAUAUAUAUAUAUAUAUUUGCAUUAAUGCUGAUGAGAAUAUUUGUCACUACUCUUAUUUUCUGGUUGGUACAGUGCAGGUGAUGUCCUUGAAUAACCUCUGCUCUACUUUUUUAAAUGGUUGCCGUCAAACUUGCAUCCAUAACAAUCCUGUAGUCGAAUGGGCUCGACACACGGGAGGCGACAAACGACCGCGAUCAGCGAAAUUUGUCGCCGUCGCUUUUAUUACCUGACACACGGGAGGCGAUCCGCAGCAGCGGCCAGCGGAUUUGCCGUCUACGCGUUCUGUUCCAUGGCGAAAUCGAAACUUCCGUUGUUUUGUUUGGCUGUGUCAGGUUGGAGGGAAUUAAGGUUAUUUAAGCGGUUCAGAGUUAAUAAAGUGGUAGAUAUGAUGUUUCACAAGGUGCUGCUAGAGUUAUGUGAAAUCUUACUUGUGAUUUUACUAUAUAAAACAUAAUAAUAAUCAACUUCUCCUCCGUGUUUGCUCGGAGAUGUACGGAGCAUCCUGUCCGCUCAUUGGUCAGUGAAUGAAACCUCCGUUGAUUGGUCCUCGUCUGAGCGACAGCGAUGAAAAGUUGAAAAUGUUUCAACUUUCUGGGAUCGUGUCAUUGGGUCGCCUGUGCACGACACGUGCACGAGCGCAAAAUUUCACACGCACGUUUUUCGCGUUUCGCUUGGUAGGAGGGAGACCCUCGAUUAUCGCUUUGUCGCGCAUGUCUCAUUGAAAAUGAAUGGAGAGGCGAUGUCGCCUCCCGUGUGUCGAGCCCAAAACACCAGAGUUAGUCCCAAAGAGUAUUUGUCCUCCUCUUUCAUCUUCAGUUGGAUUCAAAGGUCCUUGGGUCACACAUGCGUAUCACCACCAUCCAACUUUAUUCCAGACACGAUCAGGUCCAUAGUAACAAUAAAAGUCAGACAACUACAUAAAUAUAAUUUUUUUAUGUAGUUGCUUUCAUUUAUAUCUAGUAAUUAACCUUAAGCUUAAACAAAGGGGAUCUAAAAUACCAGUAGUCUUUUGUCGCAGCUCUACGUGUCCAUCCUGCCUUACUUAUUAGGGUUUAAACUCUCAUUUAAGCACUUCCUGUUUAUUAAUAAGCUCAUUUUUGCUUGUUUGUCACAAUUUGAUUAUGUAGCAACUGUUUUUGUAUUGAACAGACUGCUGAUGGAGAGCUUGUCAGACAUUACAGAUCAGUGUGCUGGGAUAAGUAAGCAUCCUGUGGGUUUGAUGACCUGCUUCCGUAAUCGUCCGCUGCAUCUUUAGUCUGUUUAUUGCUAUUUUAUUGACCACAGUUUUAAAGCAACCAGAGACUUGAAACCACAGAUGUGCAUGUCCACUACACAACAGGACUAAAAACCUUGAAGCACGUCCAACAUAAAUGCAAAUAGUUUCUUGCACCAAAUAGUAUUAUAUGUUUAUCAGUACACACCAGCGAAAGGUCACAGAUUAAAAGAAAUGAAUAUGCAAACUGUAAUUUUUUUGUUUUGUCUUCAGUAUGAAGGAUUGGUAAAUGAAGUAUUAUUUUUUUGUAACUAAUGUAAAAAAAAAACAAGCAAAACAAACAUUUUAUAGAAUUGUACAGUUUUUUUUUCUGCUUUUGAGGAUUUAGAAGAUUUUUUUUCCCCUUGCAGAAAAAAGGGGGUAAGCCAUCUAUCGUGUAGUGUUCAGAUUAUUGUGGUCCUUCUGUAUUCUCAAAUGAAGAUAUGUAUGAAUAUAUAUGAAGGUGACACUCAUACUCCAGCUUGGGUUAAGAUAAGUUUUUUUUUAAUUGACAGGAUUAAGUGCAAACUCGCCUUCAUAUCCAGUGUUCUCUGUUCUUAAUCUUAUGCCUAAUUGUGUUGGUUUGUUUUUGUCUGGUUCUGAUCUACCGUGUACAACUAAUGUCCAUUUAGCUGUUUUUUUUAAACUGACAUUGAUUUAUGAAGUAAUUCUGACUUGUUGAGGUCUUUUUAAAAGUCUUUCAACCAGAAAAUUUUGAGUGAGCAUUUAUUACUUUUCACAUGAAGAAGACCCUGGAGUUUGUGACAAAGCCACAAAAACAUUAGUGAGAAUAAUAGUUAUAAAAUAAAUAAGAGGUAAGAAAAUAAAAACAACCACAUUUUCGUCCUCUGGUUUUGUUUGCCUUCAGUGUCUGGAGCAGCUGUGCAUGUCUUGCUGCUUUGUUUUUGACUAAAAAUGCAUUUAUUUUAAAAAAGUAAUAAAGUAAUUUUUAUUUAAA